CAACAGCAAUCUGAGUCAGGUCCACGAUGUAGAGUCACCUCAGAGAGAGCGGCUGUGUUUGUUCUCAGCGUUCUCCUUGCAGCUUCUCUCAUCGUCCUCGUACUAACCUUGUAUAAAAACAACCAAACCAAAGAAAAUCUUCGGGCUGUGGAAAAGAAUCUCAAAGUGUACUCUACAAACUAUACGAUUCUCCAAAAGAUGAUAGAUGAGCGUGACGCUGAGAUAAAAAACCUCACAGAGAGAUUCUCUGCAGUAAAACCAUGCAAACUGGAGUCAAAGUGCCCUGAAGUAAAAAGGGACUCAUGUACAAAAUGUCCAGUCGGCUGGGAGCGUUAUGGAGGGAAAUGCUAUUAUUGCUCCACCAAUAAAGCAACAUGGUCAAGGAGCAGAAAUGAAUGCAGACGUCAAGGAGGAGAUUUGGUUAAGAUAGAGAGCAGAGAGGAGCAGGAAUUCCUGGAGCAGAAAGCCAGAAUUAAAAUGACUGCAGGUGAGGACAAGUUCUGGAUCGGACUGACGGACUCAAAGACAGAGGACACAUGGCUGUGGACAGACGGAUCACCACUGGACAACAGUUUGAAGUUUUGGUGCGGAGUUGAGCCAGACAACUAUAAAGAGGUCAAUCCUGAUGGAGAGGAUUGUGCGAGGAUGGGGGAGAAAGGCGGAGCAGCACACGUGAUGUGUUGGUUUGAUGCAUCCUGUGAAGACCCUCACAAAACUAUCUGUGAGAAACCAGAAGAACCUGGACAGUUGAAGUGUGUCUGAAAGCAGUUCAGCUUAAGUCUCGCUCAGCAUGUUUAAAGCUCAUGAUAAAAUAAAUAAAUACAGCCCUGCAAACAUUAGAACAGUUUCUUGAAUGUGUUCAACAUCAAGGAAGGGUACCAGAGGAGGAGGAGGUACUCUCUGCAACUAUUGACAUUUUCUUUAAGUCCUUUUUCAUGCAAAUCAUUUUAUUGGAUUUGCAAAACAAACAUUGUGGAAGUGUAACUUUAGACUUCGGGUUAAUGUGACAGCAUUUCUCAUUAUUUACAGAAUGUAAUUAUAUUAUUUGCAUUUCAAUACAAAAUAUAAAAAGAAGUAAGCUCCACCUCAACCGACUCCAACAGUAAAAUCAUAUGAAUGGACAGGUAAUAAUAAUUUGAUGAUAUAAUAUAAAAUGGUAUAAAAGUCGGGUCCGUUUAUGUUUUGUCCGUUUGAUUUUUCGUUUAAACCAAAAGCCAAAAAACGAAAAGACCUGCCUUUUCUCUUUUUUUUUAUUGUAGGGCUAACCCAUACAGUGGUGGGGCUCAAAUCAGUAUUUGCAAUGUAAUUACAUACACGCUAUUUCGCCCCCCUUUAUGGAAAGCCCAUAGUGCCACUAUUUGCCAGUUUAAAACGCCCGUUUUUCGCGGCAAAAAACGGGCGUUUUUUAAUAUGAUAAUGAGCCCCACCUUCUUUUUUGCAUAGCCAGUACAUUUAAAGUGUGUGCAACCAAUCAGUGAAGAGUUAAGCCAGACUAAAGCAAUCUGUUGAUGAAAAGUUCCUGUAGCCUACCCCAUUGUGAGAUUUAUAUAGAUAGAUA